AUGGCGCUCCUCAUCGCCGCGGCCUCGCUGCUGGCACUCGCGCACGCUUCGGGCCCGCAAGCUUCCUGCGCUGUAGGGCAGCAGUGCCCCGCGGGAGAGCAAGAUGACACGGGCCUGCUCCAGAAGAGCUCCCAGAUGAUGCAGGUGAAUCGGCAUGAGCAAAUGAGCGUGAGGACAACGCCCACGAACGACGCCGAGUGCAAGGCCGUGAAGGGCAUCAACACGGGCCUGCCCAUCGUCUACGACUCCAGCUGCCCCGGCCUGUGCUGCUUCGAGGACCAGCCGUGCAGGUACAACAACACGGGCUGCUACUCCGCAGCCUUGGCGCAGCAGAAGGUGAGGACGACGCCCACGAACGACGCCGAGUGCAAGGCCGUGAAGGGCAUCAACACGGGCCUGCCCAUCGUCUACGACUCCAGCUGCCCCGGCCUGUGCUGCUUCGAGGACCAGCCGUGCAGGUACAACAACACGGGCUGCUAUUCCGCAGCCUUGGCGCAGCAGAAGGUGAGGACGACGCCCACGAACGACGCCGAGUGCAAGGCCGUGAAGGGCAUCAACACGGGCCUGCCCAUCGUCUACGACUCCAGCUGCCCCGGCCUGUGCUGCUUCGAGGACCAGCCGUGCAGGUACAACAACACGGUGCGCCUGUCUUUGUUUUGUUAG